AUGGGCUGCGCGAUAUCAUCGAAGCGAACCAAGCCAAAAUCAAUACAUGAAGAAGAAGCAGAAACUUCUCCCAAAAGAGCCAGCACUAAUUUUGGCUCUCCAUUAAAAGAAAGUAAAGAUAAAAUUCCCGGACUGGGUCCUUUAAAUUAUACAGUAGAUGGGGCAAGCUACAGGAUUAUUAUUAAUUUUAUGCCUACACCAAAAAAUCAAUCUAUCUCAGUGAGCUAA